GAACACCGUCACUUUUUCUCUUCAUUCUAGCUAUUCGACAAAAAGAUGGACCAGACUACAGCUAACAAAUUAUAUGGCGGCGUCGCGGUGCGCAUCUCGGACCGCAUGAUGCUGUGUAAGAUCUCUGGUGUACCCACAGAGAACUUUUCCAUCCCAGGUACAGCGUGGGCAGAGGUGGUAAGCAAGUGCAUAGCACCGCAUUUCCGCACCUCCUCCUUUCUCAACGUUACAUCUGACCUAGACCCUACAAAGGAAGUGCAGCUUUCCUACCACAUCACAACCACCGAGGCCAUGGGUUUCGCCCUUAUUUGUGGCAAGGAUGUGAGCCGGCGCCACGCACAAAACACACUUGAUGAGCUCACCGCACUCUUCAAUAAGAUGUUUGUUGAGGACACGAACAAGUUGACGCCGAGAAUGGUUGAUAUAUUCUCAAAGCCCGCCCGUGACGUGCUGGUCAAGAUGAGCAGCGAAACGAAUGGUGAAGACAAGGUUCGCCGCGUUAAACAAGCUGUCGAUGAGGUGAAGAAUCUGGCGCUAGACAAUGUUGAGAGAGUUCUCCAACGAGGUCAAAAAAUCGACGAUAUUGUUCAGGCUACCGAGGAUCUACAGUUCCAGGCACAGGGCUUUCAACGCAGUAGUCGAGACCUUCGAAAUCAGUUGUGGUGGAACACUGUGAAGGGAAAGCUGAUUAUUGGUGGUAUAGCAGCUGUGUUUAUUAUUUUGGUGUUAUUCACCUUUUUUUCUGGAAAUAGUGAUACUUCAACCGGCAAAUAAAAAGACUGUUUGAAAGAAGUGAUAUACCAGUAAAAGGAACCAACAUUGGGGAAAAUGCUAAAUAUAUCUAUAGUACUUUCAUGCAUUUUAUUCUUAAAAAUUUCCUAAUUUAUAUCUAUACUAAUUGAAUAUUGAUUCACGUCAUAAAAAAUAUUGCUAUUAUAUAUAUAAUAUAUAUGCUUUUGUAUGUACAUAGAUGUUUGUGUGUAUCGGUGCAUAUUUAAGCGCGUUGCGAUCCUACUUUUGUGAGGUUUGAUUAGGUAAAAGAAAAGUUGUGGAGAAUAAAUAUCUUAUAGAUAACUCAUUAAGGAUCUUUUUACCUUGUGAUAGACACGAAUGAAGAAAAUGCUAUUCUACACUUUAUGAAAA